UCGAAAACGCAUUUUCCCUCCAAAUCCCCCAAAAAAAAAACCCCAACGUCUCCCAAAACCCUAACCCUAAAAUCCCUCUAAAGUCGCUAACAUCUAUUCAUGGAUCCGAAACCCAUCGAUCCCGGCAGCGCCGGCGGUGGCGAUGCCGACGAGUUCACCAUCGCUCGGAAGCGAUCUCGCCGCGUGAGCUUCGCUGAGACCACCGCUGUCCAUGUCUUCGACCGCGACGAGGAUUUCGAAACUCCGCCUGAAACGAAAUCUGAAGGAUGGAAUGUUGGAAGCGGGGAGCUAGGGCUUGGAGGUGAUCAGUUUCAGUUUGGUAGCGAUGAUUCAAGGGGAUCAGCGCGUGAGGAUGAGGAUGAGGAUGAGGAUGAUGAUGGAGAGCAGGAGAGGUUUAUUAGGGACAUGGAUUCGUCUUCGCCUGGGAGCGGUUUUGGAUCGGUGACGUCCAAUGAUGAUGAUAACUUCUUUGGACCUGUAUCGACAAGUUUUAUUAAAUCUGGCCGGCUUUCUGAGGCUGGAAUGUCAGAGGAUAACAACCAUGAUAUCACAUUGGAUUCCACUGCAUUCUCAUUGCAUUUCCAGAAUGUAGUUCCACCAGAUGAUCGUUCAGCCAACUCUGCAGGUAGCUUCAGGACACCAACAGGAGAAUCUGUGCCUACUGAUUUCGGUGGCUUUGUGAUAUCCAAGGGAUGUAAGGAGGAUGUCCGUCAAAGCAAGUUUUUUGAUGGAAAAAUGAGUGACAGUGCUGGUGUUGGUGACUCGAGUAACAUGAGCCUUGUAGUGGAAGAUCCAGAAAGUUAUGAUCACUAUGGAAAGAUGUCUCCCACAUUGGAGGCAUUGCUAGCUGCAGCAAACGAGCACAUGCAAUCUAACUCUCCAUUUAGUGGAAGUGGAACCAGAAAAUCCCGGCAUGAUAAUAUUGUACCUGCAGUCAUAGAAGACUGUGCAAAGGAUGAAAUGCAUAUCCAUAGAGUGAAUCUGACAGGUAUAGCUGAUGAUGCUUGUUUUGAUUCAGACCUUCCAGAAGGCCAUUCAGUGGGCACUGAUGGUGAGCAGAAUGGGAAUGUGACCCCUUCUCAUAACACGGUAUCACGUAUACCUAUAGAAGCCUCGAAUGCAAAAGCCCAGGUUACCUUUACUCCCAAGUCUGAUGGCUACUCUAAGGGUGUCUAUGAGCAAAUUCAGUCCGUUGCUGGGUCUAAAGAUCUUCAAAAUACUGAUACGCUCUCACCUCCUAAUAUAAAAUCCCAAAACAGUUUGACUUUAACCUCUGGUCAGCUUCACCUGGAACUUUUUCGAGACCAAGUAAAUGGAAACAAACAUUCCUUGGAUCCUUCAGUUCAUUCCAUGCCAAUACUUCCUACGUUGAUGAAUUUGAAUGAUCAGCAGCAAUUAUUAUCUGAAAAUGGAAUGCAAACCCCUCAAAAUGCCUUGCAACCACUUGAGUCUCCAUUUCCAGGGUCUGUAUCCUCUCUUCGUAGUAAGCGGCAGCAGCUGUUUCUUGAUCCUUCCAUUCUGUCCCGAAAUAGAUUGAUUCAUACCCCUGACAAAGAAGAGUCUCUAUCUUCUUUGAAGAUGAAACUUAUACAACAUGGUGACCGCAUCUCUGCUAUUAAGAUCCCAAAGUCUAUAAUUCAUAAAUCCCCAGUCAUUGGUGGUUCUAGGCUAAGAUUGUCAGAGAAGGAUCCUACCCCACAUGAGCUUGAAGGUACACUGGAAAAAAAUAAUGAUGAUGGUUAUGGUGCCGGGAUGAGUGUCAACAACAAAAAAGAUAGCCCAAAGGGUGAUAAGGGCAGUGCAAAGAGUAUUGGUAUUCAGUUGAAUUAUUCAGUAUCUCCUACCAAAAGCAAUGUAAGUGCAUUGAUAAACUUAGAGAAAAAUGAUCUUGUUGGAUCCGUUAAAUUGUCUAAAGGGAUAUCAUCAGAUCAGCUGUCUCAACGAGAAACAAAUGGGAAGGAGAAUCUGUUUAGUUUGGACAACCAUACUGAACGAGUCCCUGCAUUGGAUGUACAUGAUUCAUCUGUAAGACACAUGACAGUCAAGGAAUCUAGUCAGAUACUGGAUACUCCAAAUGCUAAUAUUUCCUCUCCUAUUGUAAUGUUUGGAGAUAAACUAUCUGCAUCCCAUGGAGGUUAUUUGUCUCCAGCUGUUUAUGGAACAAGUAAUUCGAGUUUCUCACUUGAGAGGAAUAAAUUACAGUCUUCCAAGUCCUUCAGCGGACCUAAUUCUGUCAAAGUACGUAAACUGCAAAUUCCCCAAGAGUUGGAGAAACUCCAGGGGCAAACAGAAGGGCCUAGGAACCAUCACCUUGGGAAUCAAGAUGAAAGCACUGUGAUGCAGAAACACUUGGUGAAUAUGGAAGAUAAUUUGUCUGUAGGAAACACAAUUUCUACCAGUGAACCUCCUUCAGAAGGCGCCGGCAAAUUGCAAGCAUCUGUAAAUGUUUCAACUCAGUUCUUGGCUGAGGUGACCUUACAAAGUCCUAAGAGCAAGACUGAUGGUGAUAGCAACAUGCCAACUUCUAUUAGUCCGAAGGAGCCACUUCCCAAUAAAUCAACUCUAGAUCCUAUCCUUCGUGAUAAGGACCUCCACUGUCAGGAUUCACAAUCUGCACAAGAAUCUCAUUCUGUUCAAACUGGGCUCUACAAGAAGAAAAGAGGUAUUGAACAGAUACUUGUUACUGACGAAGAUCAUCUCAGUGAAGUUAGCAGGAUUCAAAAGAGUCCGAAAGUCUUGCCUGAUGAACGUAGUAAUUCUAGGGUUUCUUUGGGACAUGAUGUCAAGUGCAUUGGAAGCCCAGUGGUAAAUGGAGGCCAAGGACCAGGAAAGCAUUGGAGUGAUAUAUUCUCCAAGGUAUCUGAGGCCACAAAGCAACCCUUUUCCUCCUCAAUUUCUAAGCUUAGCUCAGUUGAGCUUGACAUCUUGGAAGAUAUACUGGGCGAGGUGCAAAUAGCUAAAAAGUACCAGAGAUUUUAUACUUCUGUGAAAAAUCUCAGUUGUUCGGGUGAUGACCACAAGAAAAGAGUUGCUGAAGCAAGAUCCUUACUGGAUAAACUUGUGUAUCAGAAAGCAAAAUUGCAGCUAAAGAAAAUGAAGCUAGAUGACUUAUCGAAUAAAAAACAACUAUGCAAAUUGAAAAUUCAGGAGUGUGCCAACCUAAAAUCAACUUAUUCACAGUUUUGCAUUCUUGAUGCAAGAACCGUUCAACAUCGGGAGAGUCAAGCGCCAUGCGGUAAUAGUUCUUAUACGAGAAAUCAGGUGGAGUGCGAUCGAGUGCCAUCACUGAAACAAGAACUUGAAAUGCUAGACCAAAAGGUGAAGGACAUGAUGAAAGGGUUUCAAUCAUCCUGCAAGAUAAAAGGGAAUCCAAGUUGUGAUGGAAUUAUUAAAGUAGUAAAUGACCAUAUAGACAUGAAAAAUUGUUGUAGGUUAAUUCAACAAGAUUUGCAGCUGUGGAAAUUGAGUGACGUAGUUAAAGAGAAUGAUCAGUAUGACAUUGUUCUCAACUAUUGUAAUGUACUCCUUCAAAGGUUCAGAAUAUAUAGCAGAGAAGUUUCAAGUAUAGUUGCCAAUAACCUUUUGAACAAUGCCAGCAUUGAAAAGAAUUUCCCGAAUAUGAAUGCAUGCUUAGCUUUUGAAUUUAUUUUGAAAGCCAAGGGGGACCACGCAGUUGCUAAACAGAAACUACUCUCCCAGGAGAUACUGGAAACAAAUCUCCUUUUGGGCACUCUACUUGAUGUGCUUGAGGAAGUACUAGUCUCGCGAGUGCAAUUGUGGAACCUAAUAUCCUCAACUUUUCAUUUGCGAUCCUCAGGCCAACUUGAUCUGCAACUCUCUUUCCUAGGCUUCAAGAGUGGCCGGAAGAUAACACUCAGUCUUGAGUUAACCUCCUUGAACUGUGCGACAUAUCCCUCCAAGCCGUCCGAUCUCCAGAUCAGGAUCUUAGAAGCAGAACCUAAGGUUCCCUCAAAAAUCUCAGAUGAAAUUAUGGGCGUUGCGGAGAGCCUUGAGAGUGGAAGAUCAAUGAUAGUAAGGCUCUGCCAAAGUGUUUCGAAGGUGGUUCUUGAUUCAGACGGGUCAUAAUUUUGCACUUGUCGUCAGAUUAUUAGCGUAAAUUACGAUCUGUAUUGCAAGACAUUGAUUUUGUAUCAUUCAAGUCAGUGUUUACAUCAUGUAUCUUAAUUUUGGAUUUUGGUAGCAUACAAACUCUGACGAGCGGAAAAAGGUAUUGUGCUUGUUCA